AAAUUGCUUAUUUUAUUUUUAGCAAUAGGAAGAUUAUGUGAAAAAUGCGAUGGUAAAUGUGUAAUUUGUGAUUCCUAUGUAAGACCAUGUACUCUGGUUAGAAUUUGUGAUGAAUGCAAUUACGGAUCUUAUCAGGGUCGAUGUGUUAUUUGUGGUGGACCUGGUGUUUCUGAUGCUUAUUAUUGCAAGGAAUGCACAAUUCAAGAAAAAGAUAGAGAUGGCUGUCCAAAAAUCGUAAAUCUCGGAAGUUCAAAGACUGAUCUAUUUUAUGAGAGGAAAAAGUAUGGAUUCAAGAGAAGAUAAAGAUGAUUGACGAAAAUUUCUAAUCUGUACAAAAUAUUUCUUAUGUUUCAAAUAAAUAAUUUUCUUGUAAUUA